AUGCCCGCUUAUUCUUGGUGUGCUAUAUAAGUGUGAAAGUGACAGGCAUAGUGACAAGUGAUAAAAAUGCGAUCGUACUACAGCUGCAGAUCUCAGAAUACAAUAAGAAGAAAAGGACUAGGGUUUUCCCAUUAGAUUGAUCUUUAUUGUUAUUAAAAAAAAAGUCAAAAUUAAUCUGUUUAUUUCAUAAAAAACAUGUAUUUUUUCUAACUUAACUACUAAUCUUAAAGUAAAAAAAUAUUUUUUGAGUUAAGGAGUCUAGGUGUAUAGAUUUAGGUGGUUUGGGUUUGGGAGGGGCUUGAACCCAAUGAGGGUAGAUUUAAGCAGACACCUCAACAUGUUUCUUCUAACCUUCCCCUCUAUCCGGUACUGUAUUUCUAGGUCCGUCUAAAUCUCUAGAGUUUAAUUUCUCUACGCAACCCUAAAAAGUAACCAAUCAUAAUAAGUUAAUAGCUAAGCUCGACUGUACGCGUAAUGAAAUUACUUUAUUACAGAGUUGCUGACAGCAUGAUUCCUAGCAAGGGGCGAAUUCGUUUAGCAAGUUUCUUUAAAGGACAUUUUUAUGAAAGAAUUACGCAUAGAAAGACGCCAUGAAAUCGUUUCGAAGGAAAGAGUCCAGCACUCUUCCAUUGGUUCCAGUAACUGAGGAAUUGGAGUUCAAGCCAUUCCGUGAAACUUACAAGAUAAUCACUUUCACAAUGAUCGUCGGCAUGCUGUACCCUACGCCAAACACUGAAGUGUGCAGAGUAGUUGGCAUCCUUACGAUACUGGUGACAAUGUCACCGGUAUGUAUCGUAGCCCUAUUGGACAUGUGGAACAGCUGGUUUAGAGGGGAUAUUAUCAACAUCAUCCGACACACCACAGUUAUUGGACCGUUCCUUGGAGCUAUCUUUAAGAUGAUGCUGUUUUUCUACAGUAGGAAAGAAGCCUGGAGCAUUAUUAAAAAAAUGGAUUCCGAUCACGCUCGAUACAACACCCUCCCCGAGCAACACAAAGAAAUCGCCCGUCGGCACAUACAAAACACUCAGUACUACAGCGAAAAAUGCUGGUCAAUAACAGUCGCAACGUGCGUCCUAACGUUCCCGCUCACCGCCGUCGUCCUAACCUUCUACAAUUAUACCUUCAAAGAAAACCCAGUCAAAUACAUGAUUCACGAUAUCGACAAACCGUUCUCACCGCGAGAAGACCGAUUCACCUCCCCAUACUUUGAAAUCAUGUUCUUCUAUAUGAGUUAUUGUUCUUUAUUUUAUAUCAUUAGUUUCACGGGUUUUGAUGCGUUUUUCGGGAUAACUAUUAACCAUGCUUGUAUGAAGAUGGAGUUGGCUUGUAAGACUAUGGAGGACGCGAUGUUGGAGAGGGAUAGAGAUAGUCGGCAUAGGAGGAUGCUGGAUGUUAUCUCGGAGCAGAAUGACUUAUUCAGGAUGGUGGAGCUCAUACAAGAAACUUUUGCCAUAUGGCUUGGAAUAAUCGUCAUUGCAACCAUGCUUCAGAUUUGCAACUGCAUGUACCAGAUUAUUGAGGGCUAUGGAAUUGAUCCCAGAUACCUAGUAUUCAUUGUAGGCACCAUUGCUCACAUAUACCUUCCGUGCCGUUACGCCGCUAAAUUACAAGUCAGCGCACUAGAGGUCGCCACUCAUUUGUACUGCUGCGGCUGGGAGCGAGUGAACGACGAGCGAGCGCGAAAAAUGAUCGUCUUCAUGAUAGCACGCGCACAGGUCCCGAUGAAAAUCACAGCUUUCAACAUGUUCGAUUUCGACAUGGAGCUGUUCGUCUCCGUAAGUAAUCGACAUUAUAAUAUAACACGUACACGGUCAAUAAGUUUUUUGUCAACAAUUUCAUUUUUGAUGCAACCUUUUAUCGCCGACUGUACUUUUCUAGUAAUACUUAUCGAUACAAUUCUAAUAACCCCAAACACAAUGAGGUUGCGUUAAUUUAGCCUUAAACUAGCGACUGCGUAAACUCAAACGCAGUGCAUCUCGCUUGCACCAAUGAGGGAGUGAAUAUGUCAGUGUCAAACUCGUGGUAACGAUACUGAUGGGCUAUGGGAAAUUUUCGAAAAUUGCGAACUUUCCACAUUUAAAAAUAUCAGAAACUUCUCAUAUUAUUUUAUGGUGAUCGAUAUUUUCUGUUUCCAAAACGGAAAUUUCUUUAAUAUCCUAUGAAAUUUUCCUAAAAUCUCCUAGAACUUAUCCAACUUUUUUGAAUCUUUCUGGAAUUUGCACAUCUGUAGUUUUGUCUUAGCAAAUCUACUAGUGAUGGUUGCAGCCAAUGAAAUACGGCGUUUCGUGAACCGAAGAUUUCUUUAGAACCCAAUGAUU